AUGGCGACGACAGCGGCGGCGGUGGUUGGGGUUGGUGGGGUGGCGAAGGCUUCGCCGGCAACGCGUCGACUGUUCCCCAUCGUCAGAUCUCGCGAAGGCGCCUCUGAGUUGCCUGCAGCCGUGCCCACCAUCUCCAUUGCCCAAUUCAACAUAUUGGGCAGCAAUCUAGCUUCUCCGGCCCACUUCCCCUACGUGAAGCCAGAGCACUUGGCCUGGAAGCGACGCAAGCACACCCUCUUGAACGAGAUCAAGCAGCUGGGCACCGCAACCCGGGCAGACUCUUCAUCUUCAUCUGCACCUUCAGCUUCAGCUUCAUCGAUGUCGCUGGCGGACGUGCUGUGCUUCCAGGAGCUGACCGACUACUGGGCGUUCUUCCAGCGCGAGCUGGCCCAGUUGGGCUACGCCAGCGUCUACGUCAAGCGGCCCUCGCUUCACGGCACCUCGUGGUCGGGGGUGGAGAAGAAGGACGGUUGCGGGAUCUUCUUCAAGGACGACCGGUUCAAGCUGGUGAUGGAGAGGUCGAUCAACUUCAAGGACCAGCACGACCGGGUGGCCCUCAUGGUGCUCCUCGAGGACCGCAACGGCGCCAGCAGCACCGGCACCGGUGGCAAGCGCGACGAGGGCGAGAAGAGGAAGCGCGACCUGGUGCUCGUGACCACCACCCAUCUAUACUGGGACUCCGCCAAGAUAGACGACCAGAUGAAGGAACUCCGAGAGGUGGGUGAGGGAAUCGAAGAGAUGCGGUCGCUGGUGGAGCGCGAGUACAAGCAGAGCGAGCUGCCCAUCUUCUUCUGCGGCGACUUCAACAACUCGCCGCAGUCGCCCAUCUACCGCUACAUGCGCGACGAGAUCGGGGUGCGGGCCGACCCGCGCAGCAGCACCCGCAUGCGCAGCGCCUACGACGUCUACGGCUCGCUGCAGCCCGACCAGGGCCGCAUCCUGCCCGCCGAGGGCAACGCAGCAGGCCCACAACAGGAGCCCACCCACACCACAGUGACGUCACGUCGAUGCUGGACCAUCGACUACAUCUGGUACAACCCCGCCUCGCUUCGGCCCACGCACCUUCUUGAAGUGCCCGAGGAGGAGGCGCUGCGAGCGGAGGCGGGGCCGGAGGGGUGGGUGGAGCGGGAAAACGAGCGGCGGCUGAGUGAGGCGCGCGUGAGGGGAAAGAGUGAGGCGGAGGUGGAGCUACUCCGGACCGACGCCGAGGGAGCCAGGAAGUACAAUGGCCUCCCCAACACUGACUUUGGCAGUGACCAUCUACCCCUCAUGGCGGUCUUCGAGAUUGCGCCCAACCAAUAG